UAUAUAUUUAUUUACAAUUCACCAUGCUUGAAAAUUUGAUCUUCAGUUCAAAGUUCAAAGUUUCAGAUUGUUUUAUCUUGUAGCGUAAGCCAGUAAAAGCGCUCUUCAACUUCAAUUUGAUCUUUAUAUAACAGCACCUUAAAAAAACAACAACCAAGAAAGUAUUUAGACAAUCAUAGAUAAAUCAAAUAUAAUGAGAAUAUAUAAGCUAAUAAAUAAACCAAAUCAUUAGUAUUUAACACAUUUUAAUCAACUUUUCUUCGCAUGAUGAAUUUCUUAAGGCAUUUUUUAUAAUGCAUUAAAUAUAUAUAUCAGGAUGCUGUCACAAAGUUAUACAUUAUCCUCAAAUUUCCUCAAAAUUUCUUGUCAGCCAUUUAUUAUUAAACGAUUUGUGAGAAAUCCAUUUAAACGUGGACCGAAAUUAUUGGAAGGUAAAGUUAAAACUGUAACACAAUAUGAUACUGAUGAAUUUUGUGAUGUUCAAGAUUUCCAAGAUCUCGUGAGACGAGUUAAAACAAAUGAAAAAUUUGAUGAAGUAGCUGUUGAAGAAGCAUUUACUAGAGAAGAUGAUUUUGGAACAGCUGUAGCAAGAACUAUGGAACAAAAAGAAAUUAAUAGACAAAGUACUGAACAUGAAUUCUUUGUUAAAAAACAGAUUAUUAAAAGGAAAUAUUUCAAACAUGAACUUGAAACCAAUCUUCUGACAUAUGCUGCUAAACAACAAAUUCGUUACUUGAAUAAACUGAAUCCUGCAGAAUGGACUCCAGAAACUUUAUCAAGGUGUUUUCCUAUUACAGUUACCGGAGUAAAAAAACUACUGAAAAGUAAUUAUAAGCUCCUGACACCAGAGAAAAUAAAAGCACAUGAUAAAGAAGUAGAAGAUAGGUGGGAACUUCUAAGAGCUCGAAAAUACUCAGAGUCCAUAACAUUUUACACACAACAUAUGUGGGAUGAAGGCAAAAUUUUGAAAGAUAAUUUUAAUGGAAAUCCUAAGUUACCAAAUGUGCCAAGUGAAACUAAUAAAAUUAUCAAAGAGGAGAAAAGCACAAAAACUGGAGAAUUUUCUUCUAUAAUACAACAUUAUAUUAAAUAUAAAAAAGAAAAAGAAGCAUUAGAUAAAACCACUUGUACAAGUACAGAACUUCAAGUUAAUAUUGGUGCAAUGAAUUCAUUGAAGAAUGAAGAAUCCCAAAGUAAUAAAAAAAAUUAUGUCUCAUAUAAUGAAGAUGAAGGAACUUUAGAUUCCUUCACUUCGAAAUCUAGAAAGAAACAGCAUAAUAUUAUCGGUGAUUCAGAACUUUUGCAUAGUCAGUUUAAGGAAAAUUUAAAAGAAGAGAUGAAAUUUCAUGAAAAAAAGUUGGACUCGGAAUAUGUCAAAUGGCUUAAGAAGCAGUCAGUAGAGUUGAAUUUUCCUCCAACUUCAACAAAGCCAUUUAAUGCAAAACAAGCAUUUACAAAGAUACCCAAAUUUGAUAAUGAUACAGUUGAACUUAAAAGAGAAAAACAGAAAGCUGGGGAAUCUUUUUACAUGUAUGAUGAGAAACAUGGAUAUCAAUAUCCUACAGGAAAACGUAUCAAAGGAAAGAUUCGUGUACCCUCCAAACAGCAGAAGCAAGCAUCUGUAUACAGAGUUGGCGAUUGUGUUUAUGAUGUAGAUGGUGAAUUUCUUUACAAAAUUGCAUGAUAAAUUAUAGAAAUCAUUUCACAGCAUUUAAAUAAAUGAAAAAGCCUA